GAGGUUCACAAGGGUUGAUGUCAGUUGGACUGCAUCAGCGCAUGAUUCCAGAAUAUGGAGAAAUUCACAGACAAGAUCACAAUAAAUAAAGCAAAUGUUGUAUUAGUUAUAAUUGAACGCUGUUUCGGCCAAAUAGAAAAGCCGGUUUCCUAUUCUACAGUAUUUUUGCCGCGUAAAGUUGGAAAAUGUGCAGAAAAUAAUUAUUGCUUGUAUUGUACUCCAUAAUGUUGCGAAGAACUUGAGCGAUCCUGACUUUGAGUUAGUUGAACAAGACCCAGAUGAAGAUGAAGGAAAUCAUGAGAAUGACGAACUUCCUCUCCGCCAACUAGGUCAACAAAUAAGAAGAAACUUGAGUAUUAUAAUAAAUAGUUUUACUGAUUAAA